AUGUCAGAUUCCAACACAACUGACUUCACCAACCCCUCCACCUUCAUCCUGAUGGGCAUUCCUGGCCUGGAGGCAGCCCACAUCUGGAUCUCCAUCCCCUUCUGCAUCAUGUACGCCAUAGCCAUCCUGGGUAACUUCACCAUCCUGUUCAUUGUGAAGAUGGAGAAGAGCCUCCAUGGGCCCAUGUACUAUUUCCUCUGCAUGCUGGCCAUCACCGACUUGGUCAUAUCUACGUCCAUCCUGCCCAAAAUGCUGGCAAUCUUCUGGUUCAAUUCCAGGGAGAUCAAUUUCAGUGCUUGCCUCACCCAGCUGUAUGUCUUUCACUGCUUCUCAGGGAUGGAGUCUGGGAUCUUCGUGGCCAUGGCUUUGGAUCGCUACGUGGCCAUCUGUGAUCCCCUGAGACAUGCAACCACUCUGACAAACCCCGUGGUGGCUAAGAUCGCCCUGGCCGUAGUGCUGCGUGGCGGCAUACUCGUAUUGCCCUAUCCCCUCUUGUUGAGGCAGUGGCCAUAUUGCAGAACCAACGUCAUCCCUCAGCCGUACUGCGCCCACAUGGCCGUGGUGAAGCUGGCCUGCGCCGACAUCCGUGUCAAUAGUUACUACGGCCUCUUUGUGCUAUUCUGUGUGAUGGGUCUGGAUGUCAUUUUUAUUGUCGUGUCCUAUAUCCAGAUCCUCAGGGCCAUCUUCUGCCUCCCCACAAAUGAUGCCCGUCUCAAGACUUUUGGAACCUGCAUCUCCCAUCUUUGCGCCAUCUUAGUCUUUUACAUCCCAGGUCUCUUCUUCUCUCUCAUGUACCGGUUUCACCAGAAUGUGCCCCUGCAUUUCAGCGUUCUCAUUGCCAAUGUGUACUACUUGAUGCCCUCCAUGCUAAACCCCAUCAUCUAUGGGGUGAGGACCAAGCAGAUCCGGGGCAGGCUGCUCCGGCUCUUUACUCAUAAAGGUACCUAA